GGAGGGCAUUGAGAAGCUCUGUCAAGAUCUAGGCAUCGGGACCGAUAGCAUUGAGAUCUUGGUCAUUGCAUGGAAGCUGCACGCGAAAAACAUGGGCUACUUCACUCGGAGCGAAUGGGUGGAUGGGUUCUCAAGACUGGAGGUUGAUUCCUUGGAGAAGCUCCGUGCCAAGCUGCCAGCGUUCAGAAACAUUUUCGACAGCCCUUCGGAUUCUAAAGAGCUGUAUAUGUUUGCGUUCGUCUUUGCUAAAGAGAAUGAUUCAAAGAAUCUUCCUUUAGAGCUUGCAAAAGGCAUGUGGAAGCUGGUGUGCCCACCUGAGCAUUUCCCGCUGAUCCCUUCCUUCUUGGCCUUCCUCGAUGAAAUGGCCCCUGUCAAGGUAGUGAACAAGGAUCAGUGGAGGAGCUUUUGGGAAUUCUCCGUCACAGUCAGUUAUGACCUGACGGGAUAUGAUGAGACGAGUGCCUGUAAGUGUUACCCCGCUAUCAUCGCACUUGCUGUUUGUUUCAACCCCACUAAACCCAAAGUUUGCAUCACAGGGCCUCUCCUAUUCGACGAGUACGUGGCCUGGAGGCGGAAAUAGGCUCGAAUUUUUUUUGCUUCCUCAGCAUCGACGUGAUUUGGGGGAACCGAGACCGCUUGCCACACCAUUCAUCAGGCGUACAACAUAUUUCGCGGUGUAUAUACGGGAACACAAACACCACUAGCAUCGCAAAUCCGUCGAGAUUUAUUUCACUUUUAGAUUCUUAAACGCAGCGUUUCCAAGAUACCCCCGUUUAAUUUAGACAUACCUCCGCGCACCCAUGUUACGUAAAAUAUGAAGCCUCGU